UUCGGUAGAAUAAUUGAGACUGUGUUUUCGGGGGGAGAGAGAGAGAGAGAGAGAGAGGGGUCAAAGUGAAGAAAGUCCGUCACUAUGGUCUUCUGAAUUAGCUGACGGAAGGAAGAGGCGGACGCGGAGGAGGAGGAAGGAACGAAACCGCAGCAUGGGAGGGCGGAGGGGGACGAUGGAGUGGGCGGCGAGAGCAAACCACAUGGGAGGGAUUCCCCGGAAGAUGACGUUCUUGGCAGUGGGAGCGUUCGCCAAAGUGGUGGCGAAUAUUCUAAACACAACAACUGUUCACAAUGCCGAUACCCUAAUCCAUCUUCUCCGAUCCCGACCUCCCGGCGUUCCCCUCCUCACCCUCAGCAAUCACAUGUCCACUUUGGAUGACCCUGUAAUGUGGGGAUUCAAGGGUUUCCCCAUAAUGGAUGCAAAAAUGGCACGAUGGGUGCUCGCUGCAGAAGACAUAUGCUUCAAGAAUAGGGUGCUGUCCUAUUUUUUCCGGCUUGGGAAAUGCAUACCUAUAACAAGGGGUGGUGGAAUUUAUCAGGAACACAUGAACGAAGCUCUUGAUCGCUUAAGUGAUGGAGAAUGGUUGCAUACAUUUCCAGAGGGAAAAGUGUCUCAACGAAAUGAACCAAUUAGAAGAUUAAAGUGGGGGACUGCAAGUCUCAUUGCUCGGGCUCCUGUAACCCCCAUAGUUUUGCCCAUUGUCCAUCAUGGUUUUCAAGAGGUGAUGCCCGAAGAUUAUUUAUUUGGAAGAAGGGCCCCUUUGCCUUUAUUUAAUAAGAACAUAAACAUAAUAGUUGGUGACCCGAUAGAAUUUGACCUUCCGAAAUUGAGAGAGAAUGCAGUGUCCAUGUCUAAGGAUUUGUGUUCUUCAAGUUCUGGAUGGCCAAGCACUUUGGGACUGAAUGAGGCGGCACAAAAAUGUCUCUAUAGCAGCAUAUCAAAGCAAAUCUGGAUGGUUAUGGAGAACUUACGAAGUUUUGGUAAAAUGUUUCUGAAAUCGAAGGGUUGAAAUUUGAAGCUCUUUGGCCCAGGAAUGUCUGUUUUGAAGGAUUGCCAGCAGCAAAGAUAAUGCCAUUUAACCUUAUUAAAAUUUUGAUAGCAUUGAGAGUUUUAAUUAUAUUUUUAUUUUUUCCCUGUUGGGAAACAAUAAAAUGUUUUUUUCAAUUAGAGUUUGUUUUGUAUCUGAUUUAUUUAUUGAAAUUGCUCGAAAUGGCGAUUCUAAUGUGGAAGGUUAAAAUUCACAAAAGGGAUACCAUGUGAAGCUGGAAUUACAUUGCGCAAUGCUUAACUUAAACAUGAUUUAAGGC